AUGUCAGAACCUCACAUGGAACACGAGGACCCGGGCCACGAUGGUCUGUCCCGCAUGCUCAAGGACCUUUUUGCUGGCGCAGUAGGCGGAGUCGCCCAAGUGCUUAUCGGCCAGCCUUUCGAUAUCGUCAAAGUCCGUCUGCAGACCACAUCGCAAUACUCGGGCGCCCUGGAUGCAGCAACAAAGAUCUACAAGAACGAAGGCGCACUAGCCUUCUACAAAGGUACCCUGACGCCCCUGAUCGGUAUCGGAGCCUGUGUAUCCAUCCAAUUUGGUGGCUUUCACUAUGUGCGCCGCGCUUUCGAGGCUAGCAACACAGCCAAGUCCGGUAACGGUCAGCUGUCUUACUCGCAAUACUACGCUGCCGGUGCUUUUGCUGGUAUUGCCAAUACACUUCUCUCUAGUCCAAUCGAGCAUAUCCGUAUAAGAUUGCAGACGCAGCCUCACGGCGCAAACCGGCUCUACACCGGGCCCAUCGACUGCGUACGCAAGCUCUCGGCACAUCAGGGUGUUCUUGGCGGCGUCUACCGUGGUACAGCAGUCACUUUUAUGCGUGAGGCUCAGGCCUACGGAUGCUGGUUUACCGCUUUCGAGUACCUUAUGAACUCGGACGCUGCACGCAACAACAUUGACCGCUCGGAAAUCUCUACCCUCAAGGUUGCCGCGUAUGGCGGUCUUGCCGGAGAGGUCCUCUGGAUCAGCAGUUACCCAUUCGACGUCAUCAAGAGCAAGAUGCAGAGCGAUGCGUUUGGCGCCGAGCAAAAGUACAAGAGCAUGAGGGACUGCUUUGUGAAGACAUACAAGGGAGAGGGACUAGGUGGCUUCUGGAGGGGCAUUGGACCAACUCUGCUCCGUGCAAUGCCCGUCUCGGCCGGAACAUUUGCUACUGUUGAGGUUACCAUGAGGAUGAUUAGCUGAAGAGGGGGGUUCUGUUGGCGGAUCUGAGUCGAAUUGGAUUCUCUUUACGACAGCGCAUUCAUCUGCGCUGGAUGAUUUGUACAAUUGCUUUCCAGGUCAAACGCGUGUCGACCCGUCGACACGAAGACAUUGCCGAUCGAUACACACAAUACGGACUCCAAAUUUGGAUACCGUAUCCUACACUAUUACUCGAGAUAAAAGGCGAACUAGCCCCGAACUCAACAAGUGCGACUUGAGCUGAACCAUCC